AUGGAGCUUGUGUCAGAGAGGCAGGAAGAGGCUCACGUCAGCCCAGACAGACGGGAUCCCUUCGCCUGGCUGUACGGUUGGCAUAGCCAAAGAUACUAUUCUGACUCCCUGCAGGCUGCCAAAGGAGGGGAGUGUCCAGAUAAGUGUGACUGCCCUCCUUCUUUCCCUGUGGCCAUGUACUGUGAUGGGUGCAGCCUGACAGCCAUGCCAGCCAUUCCCUCCCAUGUCAAGUACUUGUACCUCCAGAACAAUGCCAUCACAUCUGUGUCUGACUCAGCCCUGUCCAAUGCAACCAGUUUGGUUAGCUACAACCAGCUGAUAUCUGAAGCCAUUGGCAAGAAGGCAUUUCUGAAGCUGGAGGGAUUGAGAUAUCUGCAACACAACAAUUUGACCAGCAUUCCUCCCAACCUCCCUCGCUCCCUGCGUGACCUGAGACUCAACCAUAAUAAGAUCGAAAAGGCAACACCUGCAGACCUAGAGGGCAUGGAUAACCUCACUAUCCUCUAUCUCCAUGACAACGCUGUCACAGACAUGAGCAUAUCACUGAAGGCACUGAAAUCCCUCACACUCCUGGACGCAAGCAGUAACAAGUUGACAAAGGUCCCGAAGGAGCUCCCUGAACAUCUGCACCAGCUCUACCUGGAGUCCAACUCCAUCGACUUUCUACCAGAGGACUUCCUGCACUGUUGCACUCUGCUGCAGUACAUCAGGAUGGCCCACAACCAGCUCACAGACAAGGGCGUCCCUCCGAAUACCUUUAAUGUGACUGGGCUGGUAUAGCUGGACUUGAGCUACAACAAACUGGAGAGAAUCCCUCCAGUGAGCACCACACUGGAACUUCUCUAUCUGCACACCAACCAGAUCAAAGAGUUCACUCUGGGUAGUUUCUGCAGCUUUGCGGAUGUGACAAAUUUCUCCAAACUGCGAACGCUGCGGCUGGAAGGCAACGAGAUCAGCCGUCAAGACAUCCCUUCAGAGUCGUCCCUCUGCCUGCAUCAGGCUUCAAGCAUUGAUAUCGGAAUGUGUGCAUGACACAGCCUGCGGCAUGCCGCUCAAAAACGAC